UUUCAUAUUUUGUUUUCCAGGAAAUGGCAGUUUCGUUUUCAUUUCAAUUUUGUUUUCUGUUGUGACAGCUAACAGAAAUCCGAAUGGCAACUAAACGGCCCAUACGGCUCUCUCAAACUUACGAAAGCCGUAGUUCCUUUCACUCGCCAAUCCGAGAUCAUGUACAGGUCUGCUGUUGCCGCCAGGCUGCUGAGAGAUACAGCCGCCGCACAGAAAGGUUCGGGUUGGCUAAGUUCGCUCAAUCAUUCCAGGCGGUUUGCUCACUCUUUGCCCUUCGCAACCGUAGAUGCUGAAGAGUUAUUGGGUGCUCGACCAGCUGAAGUACAAAACCUGGUACAGGGGAAAUGGGGAGGAUCUUCUAGGUGGAACACAAUUGUGGAUCCUUUAAACGGGGAACCAUUUAUUAGAGUUGCUGAAGUAGAUGAGAAAGGCAUCAAGCCAUUUGUGGAGAGCUUGUCCAAUUGUCCUAAACAUGGGCUGCACAAUCCAUUUAAGUUGCCUGAGAGGUAUCUUCUGUAUGGGAACAUAUCCUCGAAGGCGGGGCACAUGCUUUCAUUACCAAAGGUUUCUGAUUUCUUCGCAAGGUUAAUACAAAGAGUUUCCCCAAAAAGUUAUCAGCAAGCGCUUGGUGAAGUUCAAGUCACACAAAAGUUUCUUGAGAAUUUCUCCGGUGAUCAGGUUCGAUUCUUGGCAAGGUCGUUUGGGGUGCCUGGAAAUCAUCUUGGACAGCUAAGUACUGGCUUCCGAUGGCCUUAUGGCCCAGUUGCCAUUAUUACUCCUUUUAAUUUCCCACUCGAGAUUCCGGUUCUUCAGUUGAUGGGUGCACUAUAUAUGGGCAACAAACCCCUGCUUAAGGUUGAUAGCAAACUAAACAAGCAAGUUGGCAUAUACUGAAUACAACAGAGAGAAGGCAGAAAUCUGCAAUUCACAGCUUGCUUAUGGUGCUGAGGAUGCACAAUGAACAUAAAUAGGAGCAAGCUGGCAUAUAGUCUUCUAGGUAUCCAUUGUUAUGGAACAAAUGAUGAGACUACUUCACUAUUGUGGGUUGCCUGAGGAAGAUGUUGAUUUUGUUAAUUCGGAUGGGAAGACUAUGAACAAGAUACUAAUGGAGGCAAAUCCACGGAUGACACUGUUUACUGGUAGCUCGAGAAUUGCAGAGAAGUUGGCUGUUGAUUUAAAUGGUCGUGUCAAGUUGGAAGAUGCUGGAUUUGAUUGGAAAAUUUUGGGACCUGAUGUUGGUGAGGCUGACUAUGUUGCUUGGGUCUGUGACCAAGAUGCCUAUGCAUGUAGUGGUCAGAAGUGCUCUGCCCAAUCCAUUCUGUUCAUGCAUGAGAACUGGGCUGCUACUCCACUUCUUUCAAAAUUGAAGGAGCUUGCAGAACGGAGAAAAUUGGAAGAUUUAACUGUUGGCCCUGUUCUGACUGUUACUACUGAGGCAAUGCUGGAUCAUGUGAACAAACUGCUUAAGAUACCCGGGGCAAAGCUGCUCUUUGGUGGGAAGCCACUGGAGAAUCAUUCCAUUCCAUCCAUCUAUGGUGCCGUAAAACCAACAGCCGUGUAUGUCCCUCUGGAUGAAAUUCUGAAACACGGCAACUAUGAACUUGUGACCAAAGAAAUAUUUGGACCAUUCCAGGUGGUAACGGAGUACAAGAAAAGUCAACUCUCCAUGGUUUUGGAGGCUUUGGAGAGGAUGCAUGCACAUUUGACAGCUGCUGUAGUUUCAAACGAUCCCCUGUUUCUGCAGGAAGUUAUUGGUCAGUCUGUUAAUGGCACUACUUAUGCUGGGCUGCGAGCAAGAACAACAGGAGCUCCCCAGAACCACUGGUUUGGACCGGCUGGGGACCCGAGAGGUGCAGGAAUUGGAACUCCAGAAGCCAUUAAACUGGUUUGGUCUUGCCACCGCGAGAUCAUAUACGAUAUCGGUCCGGUGCUGCAGCUAUGGGAAAUUCCUCCGUCUACUUGAGCGAACCCUUCCAUUAUUGUCUCCCGCUCUGUUUUAAACCAUUGUAUGGAGCAGACUGAUGUAUGAGAAGUAGCCAACCGUUUCUUGACUACGUAGCCAAUUGCCUUGCCAAUAAAAUGAGCGGAAGCAUGUUCUGUGUUGAUUGUUCAGAGUAUGAACCAUUUCUUCAGACGAGUAUGACAAGAAAUAGAGGAAAAUGAGGAUAAGAACCAAAAAACGACAUAGAAAAUUGAGGCAAAAUAGGUUCGAAGUUUAAUCAAACGUGCAAUUUGCGCAAUCCAAUUUUGAUGAGGUCCACUUUUCCGUCGUUCUAAGAGGAUUUAUAAUAUCAAACUUAAAGCGAACUACAUCUGCU